UUGGUGGAGGGGAAAACAAUGCUGCUGAGAACACCACCACAAACUCCAACAACAACAACAACCAGCAGAGUGUGCCAGAGUGUAAAGUCUGGCGCAACCCCCUCAAUUUGUUUAGGGGUUCAGAGUACCAGCGGCUGACAUGGUCAACUAAGAAGGAGCCACUGACCUACUAUGACAUGAACUUGUCAGCCCAAGACCACCAAACCUUCUUCACAUGUGAAGCUGAUGCUGGGAAACCAGAGUAUGAAAUAAUGCAGACAGCAUGGAGAGAAAGGAAUCCAGAAGUACGGAUAAAAUCAGCACGGUCUGCCUUGGAUCUUAACCCUGAGUGUGCCUCAGCAUAUAUUUUGCUAGCAGAAGAAGAGUGUACAUCAAUAAUUGAAGUUGAGAAGAAGCUUAAGAUUGCCCUGAAGCAUGCUGAAAACAACUACAGAAAGUCCCAAGUAACACAGCACCAGAGCAGCACUAUGGAAGCCUUACACAGAAGAGAUACAAAUGUUUUCAUAUACAUAAAGAGGCGUUUAGCCAUGUGUGCUCGGAAGCUGGGCAAGAUGAAAGAAGCAAUAAAGAUGUUCAGAGAGCUAACAAAGGAAGUGCCUCCAAUCAUGAAUGUUUUAAAUCUUCAUGAAAACCUUUUAGAAGCAUUAUUAAAAGUUGAGGCAUAUGCUGAUGCUCAGGCAGUGCUGGCCAAGUAUGAUGACAUAGCAUUGCCCAAGUCAGCCACCAUAUGUUACACUGCGGCACUGCUCAAGGCACGAGCUGUGGCUGAUAAGUUUUCUCCUGACAUCGCCAGCAAACGUGGCCUCACUGCAGCAGAAAUGGCGGCAGUAGAGGCCAUUCACAGAGCGGUGGAGUUUAAUCCACAUGUUCCAAAGUACCUGCUAGAGAUGAAGCCUCUCAUCCUACCACCAGAACAUAUCCUUAAGCGUGGUGAUUCAGAGGCCAUCGCUUAUGCAUUCUUUCACCUCCCACAUUGGAAGAGGGUGGAAGGUGCACUAAACCUCCUUCACUGCACAUGGGAAGGAACGUUCCGAAUUAUUCCAUAUCCACUGGAGAAGGGUCACCUCUUCUACCCCUAUCCCACCUGUACAGAGUGUGCUGACAGGGAACUCUUGCCUUCCUUCCAUGAGGUGUCUGUGUAUCCCAAGAAGGAGCUACCAUUCUUCAUUGUGUUCACGGCUGGCCUGUGUUCCUUCACUGCCCUGCUGGCGCUUCUCACCCACCAGUACCCAGAGCCAAUGGGGGCACUCGCUAAAACUCUUUUGAGUUGGUGGUACAUUCCCAUCCAGUAUGUGCUGGAAAAACUAGAGGCUGUGCUACCCUCCAAUCUCCUCCACCAUUUAUCAAGAAUUUGACCAUCAUAUAGAAUGGAGGAAGGAUUACACAUCACUUACUCUAUCAGCUCUCACCUUUUUACUCUUCAAAAAUUGGUUGUAUUAAGAUUUGUGUCAAUAUGUUUCUGUGGACAUGUGAUCACAGAAGGCAGACUGAGUUUCUGAACAGUAGAAUGUUGGUCUGACUUUGUAGUCUCAUGUUUCAGCUGCAUAAUUACUCUUAAACCAGUGUUGUGAUUUUCUUUUUAAGAAAUGAGUAGUACUUAAAUACAUGCCUAAGUUCAUCAUUAUCUGUAUUAAGGGAAAAGUACUGGGCUUAUGUAAUUGUGAGGUAAAGCACAAACAAGUAGAUUUUUUCAGACUGUUAGGCUUUGUUACUAAAAUCAGUGAGUGAAAUUUUGUUGCUAAACUUGCACAGAAUUGCAAUGCUUCACUGGAAUGAGUUGGUGUGGAAGAAGAAAUAGAGAGGAUGAGAUAUACAGCUAAAACAGUGUACAUACCUGGAAUAUGCAUCCACAUCUUUUAUGGCUGUUGAGUAUUGGUGUGGAUAGUGAAAAAAAAUUACUCAUUGAUUUUAUCUAUGCAAAUUAAGUAUAUGUAGAUUUUCAUUAAUACAUUGAAAUUAAGUAAACUGUUUCUGGACACAGUCGAUGCAUUGAGUUUUGGAUAUAUUAACACUGAAGCUCAGCUAUGCCCGUGCCAUGACUUACACAUCACAGAACUUUUCAUCUGACAACCUACUACUCUCUUGAACAUUAAAAGGGAUUCAUAACUCUAGUGAAAAAAGGCAUAUUCAGGUGUUAGCAUAUCUUGGUUUAAACACAUUCCUUGAUUUGACCAAUCAAAAUCAUGGAAUAAUUUUGAACAUUAAUUCACAGAUCAUACAUUCAUUAGCCUCUUACCACUCCACAAAAAUGGGUAAAUUUCUUCUUAAAGAAUCAUAUCUAAAACCAAAAUGUUAUCUUGUGAAUUUCUAAGUUGAUAAUAGCUGCCAUGUCUCACCCAAUACAGAUCCUUCAAAUUCAUAUAAUUUCUCUAGGUUUUAUUGACAUUAAAUUAUGGUACUGAAUCAAUUUCCUUAUGUGUACUGUCUAAUAUCACAUGUUAUAUUACAUAAGUCACAGGAGUCUGUAAAAAGUUUGUCACAAAGCCAUACGAGUAUCACUCAUUAAGUUAUGUGCAUGAGGAAGCAUUCGUCUCAGUACCAUCAGUGUUACAUGAUUGUAGGUUGUGCGUCAUCAAUAAACUUGAAAAUAAAGCUGCAUACUGUACUUGUAGCACAAUAAUGACAAUAGGGACCACUGGUGAAUGCAACUUUUCAGAGCAAUAAGUCUUACCCAUAAAAAGGAUGUUAUGUUCUAAUUAUCUUUUUUUUAUCACCAAGGUGCCCUACACUAAGACAGUAACUCUAACCAAGCACUCUGGUAAAUGCCAGUAUUACCUGUUUUUUCCAAUGUUAGUAUGUCAUAUUCACCAUCAUGUUUGUAUCAUCAUUUAACAUUCAAGAAAAGAAUUUAACAAAACUUUUAAGUAAAUUUUUUUUAGAGUAAAAUUCCAACAGACAAAUAAAAAAUAAAAAAAAACUGCAUUCUAGGUUACUGGCAUGGGACUUUUUGUGUAUAUAUAUAUAUAUAUAUAUAUAUAUAUAUAUAUAUAUAUAUAUAUAUAUAUAUAUAUAUAUAUAUAUAUAUAUAUAUAUAUAUAUAUCGUAUUUGAUGGUUUAAAAGUUGCACUUUUUUUCCAAAAAAAUGUCCCUGAAACUCACCCUCCAUCUUAUAAGGUCAAGGUUCAGCUUUGGGUCACUGGCUAGUGAAGUUUUAGUGCAGCAAUGGCACCUAAAUUAAACUGCAAACGUAAACAAGGUGGUGAUUGCUUUUACAGCAACAACGGCAACUCUUUUGUAAAUUAACAUGUAUAACAGUAGUACUUACCACUACUUCAUAUAAAAUGACACCCAUCAGGAAGAAAAUUAAGUUACUCAUUGCUUGUACCUAAACAGACUAGUGGACGGUUUUACAACAAACCUGACAACACACGCAAGACACGCUACGUUUCCUUAGUAGACAGGGAUCAUUUAGGUAAGACAGACCUUCUUCAUAAAACUAGUUAACUUUGUUUGAUUGAUAAACACAAACAAUAUAUGGAUAAUAUUGACAAGAUAUUGAGAAAAUAAGUUAAUAUUCGAUAUUUACAAGUGCCUGUUUCUCCAUUUUGCGCUUAACUUUUAACAUUCUUACUUUACAUGCAUGUCCAACAAACUGAAGCACAUUCAAGUUUGAAAUUUCACACUUCCUCAUGUUUUAAAAAAUGUGCUAGAAUAUUACAACAACUAGACUUAUGUAGAAUAAUAAUUAAGGGAAUAUGAUGCACAAACUUUAUACCCGUUACCCCACUGAAUGUUGCUGUCUCUGCCAUGUUUGUUUACAUCUCAAAGCAGUAACCUCGAGUCUGUAAGAAGGACCAAUUCUGUUAGGUCCCAGCAAAUAUUAAUGGCCAAUGUAAAGUAUUGGGAUUUGAUAAGGAUUUGAAUACAUGUGGAACUUUAAUAAUGACCUGUUAGUGGGGAGGGCUAUGAAUGUUGGGUGAAAAAUCUCCACCUGCCGAAAUUUGGGGGUGCGUCUUAUAAGCCGUCAAAUACGUUAUAUAUAUAUAUAUAUAUAUAUAUAUAUA